CUUAGGACCCACCGCUGCCCUCAGCUCCGAGUCGGGGCGAGCUCAGAGCGAGUGCCGGAGGCGGAUCCUGAGCGCGUGAGGGCGACAGUCGGCGCGCUGGGCAUGAACCUGGAGGGCGGCGGCGGCCGAGGCGGAGAGUUCGGCAUGAGCUCCGUGAGCUGCGGCAACGGGAAACUCCGCCAGUGGCUGAUCGACCAGAUCGACAGCGGCAAGUACCCAGGGCUGGUGUGGGAGAACGAGGAGAAGAGCAUCUUCCGCAUCCCCUGGAAGCACGCGGGCAAACAGGACUACAACCGUGAGGAGGACGCCGCCCUCUUCAAGGCUUGGGCGCUGUUUAAAGGAAAGUUCCGAGAAGGCAUUGAUAAGCCGGAUCCCCCGACCUGGAAGACACGUUUACGAUGUGCUUUGAACAAGAGCAAUGACUUUGAGGAACUGGUUGAGAGGAGCCAGUUGGACAUCUCAGACCCCUAUAAAGUAUACAGGAUUGUUCCCGAGGGAGCCAAAAAAGGAGCAAAGCAGCUCACACUGGAGGACCCCCAGAUGACUAUGAGCCACCCCUACACCAUGACGGCUCCUUACCCCUCACUCCCAGCUCAGCAGGUUCAUAACUACAUGAUGCCCCCCCACGACCGAAGCUGGAGGGAGUACGUCCCUGAUCAGCCACACCCGGAAAUCCCGUAUCAAUGUCCUGUGACGUUUGGACCCCGAAGCCACCACUGGCAAGGCCCAGCUUGUGAAAAUGGUUGCCAGGUGACAGGAACCUUUUAUGCUUGUGCCCCGCCUGAGUCCCAGGCCCCCGGGAUCCCCAUAGAGCCAAGCAUAAGGUCUGCCGAGGCCCUGGCGCUGUCAGACUGCCGGCUGCACAUCUGCUUGUACUACCGGGAAAUCCUGGUGAAAGAGCUGACCACGUCCAGCCCCGAAGGCUGUCGGAUCUCCCAUGGGCACACCUAUGACGCCAGUAACCUGGACCAGGUCCUCUUCCCCUACCCGGAGGACAAUGGCCAGAGGAAAAACAUUGAGAAACUGCUGAGCCACCUGGAAAGGGGGGUGGUCCUCUGGAUGGCCCCCGACGGGCUUUAUGCCAAAAGACUGUGCCAGAGCAGGAUCUACUGGGACGGGCCCCUGGCGCUGUGCAGCGACCGGCCCAACAAACUGGAGAGAGACCAGACCUGCAAGCUCUUUGACACACAGCAGUUUUUAUCAGAGCUGCAAGCAUUUGCUCACCAUGGCCGUACCCUGCCAAGAUUCCAAGUAACUCUGUGCUUCGGAGAAGAGUUUCCAGAUCCUCAGAGGCAAAGGAAGCUCAUCACUGCUCACGUUGAACCUCUACUAGCCAGACAACUGUAUUAUUUUGCUCAACAAAACAGUGGACAUUUCCUAAGGGGCUAUGAUUUACCUGAACUCAUUAGCAGUCCGGAGGAUUAUCACAGAUCGAUUCGCCACUCCUCCAUUCAAGAAUGAAAAGCAUCAAGACAAGUGAUUUCAUUUCAUUGUAAAUAUCUGACUCGGACGAGAACAGCUGGUUGAACCCCCUCUUUUUCUUCUGAGGAACUUGAAAAUUGGGGCUUCAGCUCAACGCUUGAGGAGACUCUCAGCAAGAAUGUGUCUCAAAUAUCAGCUCCAUAUAAUUGACAGAUGAGCUUAUCCCCAAAGGAAGGAUGGUCUUUAGGGUCUUCUUAUAGACUGCCGUCAUUGAUGAUAACUGUGAAAAUUUACCAAAGGAUGUGUUUACAUUUACUUAAAUGCUAUCUUUAAUUUGAUGUGGAUUAUUUUUUGCUUGAAGACUGAGAAAACUCAUGUUUUGGUAUUGACCACUAACUAGAAUGAUGAAAGCACUUAAGUGUGCUAUUUCUCAGGGAAGUAAAGUCUAAAUUUGAGGCUCCUCUGCCCACAAAAGAAACAUAUUAAUACAUGUAGGAGAUGUUGCUUUUGUAGAAAAUGCUUGCUGAUAGAAGGAAACAGAAUCUUUGACUGAGGUUGGGCCACAGUGCAUCCGGCUUUGAGGUGGCUCAUCACCCCUCCGGGUCUGGGUCUUCUCCCAGGGUGGGCACCCCUGCCCUGCCUCACCCUGCCUCCCAUUUGCUCUCUCUUCUUGGGUGCCCCUAAAAGCCAGCUGUAGACUCCAUUGCUAUUUUCUUGAGCCAAAGAGCAUUAGGGCCACGCUUGAAUGUACAUUUGUGUUGGACCUACAAUCUAGUAAUGACUGGUUAAGAUAUUUUUGUUUGUCCUUUUGUUUCUCAUUCUAUAGAAAUUGCUAAAACUUUUUUCUUAAAGAAGAAGAAAAGAACACAGAUCAACAAACCAAGUACUAAAGAUAUCUUUUUGAAACUCAGCGACAUUUCCCCUCUUAUCCUGUUUGUUUUGUUGGCUGUCAGUUAGUUAUCCAUGACAACACUAAAGAGGAGGGGCCAGUGCUUUUCAAAUGAGUGAACUCUGCUAGGAAAGAUGAUGACAGGAUUUCACAGAUUGCAUAACUGCAGACUCAGUGGGCUGUUUUUGCUUAUUUUGUAUAUUAUAUGCUUCUUCAUGCCAAUAAUGGUUUGAUAGGGCCUUAAAAUUACUGGGCUUUUUUCCAAAUACUUCUUUUUAUAGACUUGAUAAGAUCUCCACUUGCUUAAGUAAGCCUGAUCACUUACCUCUAGUUUGUUUGGAAAAGUACGGAUGUUUAGACUGUAAUGCUGGCAUCCGAUAUUUUUGUAAUAUGACGAAAUAAUUGCUAUUACUUUCAGGCUCAGCAAAAUACUUGAUAGUUCUCAAAUAUAUGCCACUCUUAUUCUAACCUAUAUUUUUUAAUUCACUCAACAAACUGUAUCGCUUACAUUAGAGAGAUGACAGCUUUUAUCCAGCUUAGUAAGCAAUGAGGCAUUGGAAUGUCAUUUCUUUUUUUUGUUUGUUUUUAAAAAGAGUGUUUAAUGGUAAAAUAAUACAUAUUAACUACAGAAAGUGUAAACAGUAUAGAAAGGCAAAAAAUAAAGCACAUCCUUCUUUUUCCAGCCCAAAUCCUCCUCCCUUGAGGCGUCCACAAGAAGUUUGACUGAUUCUCUCAACACUUUUCACUUUUCUAUAAAUAUACAUAAACUUAAAAAAAAACUCCUCAGAUCGCACUGCACCCACUUUUACGCAGUGCUAUUUUAACCUGACAAUGCGGGUUUACCUCAUUCUUUUUAGCGAUGUCUUGUAGAAUUCCACUGCAGUGGAGUCAGUUAUUCCAUUAGCCACUCAGAAUGAAUACGUUUGGACAGCAGAUUGUAUUUUGUGAACAGCCAUAACUUAUACAUCUUAUAGAUGCGAAGUAUUUUGGGGUAUAUUAUCCUAAGUGGGACAUGAACACGACAUCAGGAGCCGCUAUGACAUGGCCCCACCUGCGGCCUCUUCACUGAAGUCUCUCUCACCCGCAGCUCUUCAGAGAGGUCUCUGGGGUCUGUCCAAGGCUGUUGUGUCGUCUUAAUUCUCCAAGCAGAGGCUUGAUUUAAAUUGCUGUUGUGAGUUCUUUUGUUUUCUUUCUUUUCUUUUCUUUUUUUUUUUUUUUUUUUUUUAAUAUUAAGCUGCUUUAACACUGGAGUUACAUUUUCUGGUAAAUCCUCUUGGCUUAGACCACUUCCCCCUUUCUCAUCUUUACACUUAGCUACAUUGAAUUCUUUUAAUUGUAAGGGGUCCAGAGUGUGCACUAGUGAGUGAACUAAUGCUGAAGAGAUCAGGGUGAAGAAUCCUGACAGCUGUUUCAGGACUUUGAGAAGGAAUGGCUGCCUCGUUUCUUGACUUGAUAACGUGGCAUUAACAGACUAGACUUUGUUUCUUCUCAGGGGCACUUGUUCUGGUUGCACUUGUUAGGCUAAAGAGCUUUGGACUGUAGGGAAAAGAAUGUAUGUCUCACAGGUGUGUGUUCCUGGCUCAUUUCUUGUUUGGGGGAUUUAGUGAAACCAUGGGCAGUAAUCAGAGUCUUCUGGAACACUCUGGGGAACCAGGGUUACCAACUCAUUUAAAACCCAAACCUUUGGAACCCCCUCAGCCCUGGACAAAAUGGAACAUAGAGAACCCAGUAAGACUAUUAUGUUUGAGCUAGAAAGAGGCUGCUCCAUUGGGAGAGAAGAUGUAAAAUCUCCAGGGAAUGAGCAGCUCAGCAGUGUGGUUAUCACCCCUGCACAGGUACGUCCAGGUCUGUGUUUAGGGAAAGGCACACGCUGGGCUAAGGCAUGAACAAGGCUUUCUUUCCUGCGCUGCGUGUAAACUCCAGACUUGGAACAGCUCUGGGAGUCUUGAUGCGGGUCUGACGUGGCUUCUGUCUGAGAGGCUGAGCAGUGGGUGGGCACACCUCCCGCAUCCCAUAUCCCAGAGAAGACUCGCUCCUGCACUGGCUGCACCAGUGAAGGGCACUUGAUUUUUUUUUUUUUUGCAUCAAGUUAUUUUCUUAGUAAAAAUCCAGACACAGUUCAAACCCCCUUUCCUUCCUCUUUGAUCACAUUUCUCCCGUUUCUCCACAGGUGAAUGUUUUUCUGAAGUGGUGAGCUUCCUUAAGGUCUCUAUUUUUAUUAUGUAGCUCCCUAAAUAGUUUGUAGCUGACUUGCGGCUAUUUAAAUGUUGCGUCAGGGCUGUCUUGCCAUAUGUAUUGUUCUGCAACUUGCUUUUCCACAGCCCCAUCUUUGAGACUGACCCAUGCCAAUGUAGGUGGAUCUCAUCCAUCGUUGUUAACUGUUGUUGAAUAGCUUGUCACAUGAAUGCAGUGAGGUCAGAUUUCCUGGUAUUUAUUUUCACUGCUUUUAGGAAAGCCUGUAUAUGAAGUACAGCUGAAGUGGAGGAGAAGAGAGAGGAGAUGUGGAAGAGAAAAGGAAAGCCAACAGGCUAAUCCUCCUUCAAUAUAAACUCAUGUUUUGCUUUAGAGUCUUGAGAUGGAAGGGAUCUGAUAGGUAGUGGGGUUCACUCCCCUGCACCCCCAUUUUAUAUAUAUAUAUAGGUGGAUAGGACCAGGUCACUCCCUUGACUUCAGUCAAACACUGCUGGUUCCAUCUUGUUACCGAGCCUCCCAGGCAAGGGUGUCUGGAGAACCAGGUUGACCAUUCCAUGGACAAUAGCUGUACAUAAUUGUGUCAUGAAUUUUGGUGUAAAUUGCUCUUCAAAGCAGAUUGAUAUUUGUGAUAAUCUGGUGUUUUAGGUAGUUGAUAA